AGCAGCUCAGGUUUGCAAUAAAAAAAGUCCUGCAACAUGGACAGACAACUGUGAGAAGCAAGUUCGACGUUUUUCAGGGCUUUAUUCACAGCAGCGCUGUUUAUUACAAUAAAGACUUCAGGCAAAAGACAACCAGGUCAUGGAGAUUCUUCAGUCUGCAGUCAUUUUUCUGCUGGUCUUCAGCUUCUCUUUAACAGCUGCUGAGGUGCCGCCAGAUGUGGCGCCCCGUUAUCAAAAAUUCCUCAGGCAGCACGUGGAUCCUGAUAUGAGUGUGCAAAAGUGUGACAGUGAAAUGAGGGAAAGAGGGAUCACUGCCGGAUCUGGAAACGACUGCAAAGAAAUAAACACCCUCAUUCAAGCAAAUAAACGUGUUAUUAAAGACGUUUGUGGCAAGGCAGGAACUCCCAAAAACAACCUGUUUAUAAGCAAUCAGCCUUUUCCUGUAGUCACAUGUAUAUUGAAAAGUGGGGAGAGACACCCGCGUUGUCAAUACCAAGGUAAAAGAAGCACUCGUUAUAUUGUUUUGGGUUGUGAUAAAGGCUGGCCUGUCCAUUAUGAGAAAGGCAUCACUGUUGUAAAGGGGGGGUCAGGCUAUAGCAUCUUAAACCUUUUUAAAACAAUCGUUUAUCAUGCCUUCUCUGUCGUAUUUCAAAUACUAUCUGGUGAAUGUCUAUGAGGAAAGAAAAAUGCGCGUCACUUUUAAACUCACCUCCUUGCACUCCUUGUCCAUCUAAAACACCAGGUCAAUAUCUGUAAACAUGAACUUUCCUUUUUUGUCUUUAUACAUUACUUCAUAGCCAUUUCUAUUAUUUUACAGAUGAACGCCAUUUAGUCAAGUAUGUGGAGUCAUGUGUGUUUUUAAUAGUUUACUAACAUUCUGUAAAAGUAUUUAUGUCAGUAUACGUUUUACGUAAGGUUUUCUUUCAAAUAAAAGGUUUCCAAUCCA